AUGGGGCCCCGCCGGGGCCCGCCCCCGCCCCCGAUCCCGAUACGCACUUCCGAUGACGCCUUGGCAGUGACGUAGCCCGGAGGGGAGCAGGGCGCGCUGCGGCCGGUGAUGGACGCGCUGGCAGUGAUGAUGCAGGAUCUCCUGACCCAGAACCAUGCCCUGCGCAGGGAAAACAACGAACUCAUGGACCAGGUGCGGCGGCUGCUGUGCGAGAAAGCCAAGCUGCUGGCUCAGGUGCGUCCGCCGGCCUGCCCCGUGGCUUUUCCUGAAACGUUUAAAGGUGACUCCGCCCAGCUUCCAGAGUUUUUGAUCCAAGCGGCCUCUUACAUGAGGUUCUUCGAGGCCAGGUUUUCGAACGACACCCUAAAGGUGGCAUUUUUAAUCAGCCGCUUCUCUGGGGCGGCAGAAGAGUGGGUAGUCCCCUACAUCGAGAGGGAGAGCCCCAUCCUAGGUCAUUAUGAGGACUUUGUGGACGCGCUGAAACGUGCCUUUGGCAGGAAUGGGUAGAAAACCGAGCCGGGACCCCUCGUGUCAGGUGGGACCACUGCGAGCCGCUGCGCUCCCCACAAACCCGGUCCUGCUUGGCUUUGAUUCACAAGGAACUCGCUAGUUCUCAGCUGCUGGGCCCUGAGCCUUGCUAGAAAACUUGGCGGCCGCCUGUGCUUACCUAACCCCACUGCCUUUGCGCUCUGCCCAGCAACCCAGCCAAAGGCUGGGAACCUGUUAGAAAUUGAGUGAACCACCCAGGAUCACACCACUUGCCAUUUCUGAGGAUGUUGCUGAUGGUCUUUGAAAAUCGGAGCAACCUAGGAAGUGCCUGAGUUUGCCACACACCGUGGACACUGAUUUGGAUAGCUCAGGCCCUGAAACAGCUUCCAGGGUUAGUGUGCCUGGCAGCCAAAUUUUGACAUUUCUCCCCCCAAGAACAGUUUUCCACAUACUCCAUUUCUGUUUUGAAAUCACAAGAAUCUCACAGAUUGUGCUUUUUGGUCAGAGAAAUUCAGGUACUGGACAAUACAUGAGAAAAGGAUGUACUUACAAUUUUAAACAUAUAUAUGUCUUACAUUACCAAACAAAGAUGAAUAAAAUGAAAGUCUAUGUCCUCAGGAACACAAGUUUGAGAAAAAAUUCUUCAGUGUAUAUUCUGAUAUCUGGUAAAAUGCUUUUGUGUGCAAUGAAUGGUAUAUUUGAUUCAUUUUUAUGACUAUUUUUUAACUUUUCACCCCAUAGUUUUAAAAUAUAUGUUGAAAACAUGCAGCUUACAAAGGAAACAGAAAACCCACUUGAGCGAUUUUUAUGUUUGCUGAUGAAUUUAGUGAAGCUGGUGUUUUCUAAAACUGCAUGUAACUGGUGGCAAAAAAAAAAUGGAGAUGGUGCAUUCUUUGAACUUGGCUUUAUUUCUUUAUAUUAAAUGACUUAGCUCACUCA